UUUCCUAAUGGCUAGCUGCGAAUCACCAUAGCUCAGCCAGUUCACCGCAGCCUGUAUUACAUUUUACAGCAAGAUCGAAGUGGAAGACUGAAAACUUAUAAAACACACGCAGCUUGGCGUGUUUUUGUCGUUUUUAUCAAGCCAUGUAGCGAGGAUACGACGCGUGAAGAGCAACGUUAACAAACAUUGAGUCAGUGUUAGGUGGUGUGGACUUCCACUUUCAACCAAAACAAUGUUGACAGACGACCUGUGGACACAUUAUCAGUCAUUUCAAGGAUGGAUAAAGGAGGAGUGAAGGAGAUAACAUAUAGAAGAGAUGACCAUUUGAGCAAACUGGUCUACACUGAAAGCCCUGAGGAGGGAGGUCUGUUGAAAGUGGCUCCUCACAGUGCCAUGUCCAUCACCUCUGCCACAUCUGUCGUUCUUCCAUCCAGCCCGUUGAUGCAGCCAGGACACGUGCCUAACGGCCUCAGCAACAGCCCCCUUCAGGAGGAACUCACCUCUGUUACUGCCACAGUAGGACCCUUGUUGGAAGACCCUGAGUUCAGGGGCUCGACCAAAGAUCAGAAGUUUCAGCAGCAGCAGUUACUUCAAACACAUACUUCCACUACAUUUGGGCGUCAAACCUUGAGGGAAAAUUUGCCCCAUUUGGAGGCCUGUAUAGUCGACAUUACCCAGUCGUCCAUGGAUUCACUCAUUGGUGGAUCAGAUCCCAACUUCUUCCCAAUGAAAACAGAGGAUUUCUCCAUGGAUAAAGGAGACCAAGACCCCAUUGACCUUGAUCAGGCUUUUGAGCACAUUGGGAAAGAUGUGGAUGUGCACCAGAAAUUGUUCAGUGACAACGCUCUGGACCUGCUCCAAGACUUUGAGCUCACUGGGUCCCCCUCAGAUUUUUAUGUAGGGGAUGAUGCCUUCCUGUCCUCUCUGGCAGACGAUUCUCUGUUGAGGGAUGUUAGCUCAGAGAGGGACAUAAAGCCUGCUGUGGUUGAGAGCAUUAAUGGCAGUGGGGUAGUCUCUGUUGCUCUCAAUGGCAGCAGUAUGACAAGUCCAGAUCAGUCCUGCUCUAGCAUAUCCACGACUGCCCCUGUCACCCCUACAACCAUUUUGUCUGCGUUGGUGAAGAAAGAAAAAGAUGGUGGGUUCAUUCAGCUGUGCAACCCAGAUGAGAUCAAACAGGAGAAGUCACCUGCAGGCCAGAGUUAUUGCCAAAUGAGCUGCUCAUCAUCCACAGACAUGCCCAGCUCUAACCCCAUCUCCAUCUGUGGGGUCAGCACUUCAGGAGGACAGAGCUACCGCUUUGGAGUCAACCCCAGCAGCAAUGAAGCUCAGCAGCAGAAGGAUCAGAAGCCAGUGCCCAACCUGUAUCUCCCCGUGACAGCCAUUGGUGGGCCCUGGACCAGAGUGCAGGGUGUUGGGGACAGCUCAGCAGUGCAAAGGGCCAGUGAGGCUUUCUCCAACUCCACUUACCCCAUCAGCUUUGCCAGUUCUACCUCCAGACAGGAAGGAGUCGUCGCUACAUCCUCGACACAGGGAAAGAGCGGGACUCAUAAAAUCUGCCUGGUGUGCUCUGACGAGGCUUCAGGCUGCCACUACGGCGUUCUCACUUGCGGCAGCUGCAAGGUCUUCUUCAAAAGAGCAGUGGAAGGGCAGCAUAAUUACCUGUGUGCUGGGAGGAACGACUGCAUAAUAGACAAGAUCAGGAGGAAGAACUGCCCAGCCUGCCGAUUCCGCAAGUGUCUGAUGGCAGGCAUGAACCUGGAAGCACGCAAAACCAAAAAGUUGAACCGCAUAAAGGGCGUCCAGCCGAGCAACCUGCCCGAGCUGACCACUCCUCCCCCAAUCGAGGCUCGCUCCCUUGUACCCAAGUGCAUGCCUCAGCUCGUUCCCACGAUGCUGUCCCUGCUGAAAGCCAUCGAGCCGGACACCAUCUACGCCGGCUACGACAGCACCCUGCCCGACACCUCCACCCGCCUCAUGACCACCCUCAACAGGCUGGGCGGCCGCCAGGUGAUCUCUGCUGUCAAGUGGGCCAAAGCUCUGCCAGGUUUCAGGAACUUGCACCUGGAUGAUCAGAUGACUCUGCUGCAGUGCUCCUGGCUCUUCCUCAUGUCUUUUGGCCUGGGCUGGAGGUCUUACCAGCAGUGCAACGGCAACAUGCUCUGCUUCGCGCCGGACCUCGUAAUCAACGAGGAGCGGAUGAAGCUGCCCUACAUGGCCGACCAGUGUGAGCAGAUGCUGAAGAUCUCCAGCGAGUUUGUCCGGCUGCAGGUUUCCCAUGAUGAGUAUUUGUGCAUGAAGGUCCUGCUGCUGCUCAGCACAGUGCCAAAGGACGGCCUGAAAAGCCAGGCGGUGUUCGACGAUAUUCGGAUGUCGUACAUCAAGGAGCUGGGGAAAGCCAUCGUGAAGCGUGAGGAGAACUCCAGCCAGAACUGGCAGCGUUUCUAUCAGCUCACCAAGCUGCUCGACUCCAUGCACGAGAUGGUUGGGGGACUGCUCAGCUUCUGUUUCUACACCUUUGUGAAUAAAUCCCUGAGUGUGGAGUUCCCAGAGAUGCUGGCAGAGAUCAUCAGCAACCAGUUACCAAAAUUCAAGGCAGGGAGCGUCAAACCUCUCCUCUUCCACCAGAGAUGACUGUGCCCCGUAACAGACACAACGCCUUAAAAUCCCACCACAUCACCCCCCUGCGCCCACCCCCCACCCCCGAACAGCGACGGUGAAAGGACUGAGGAACUGCUGCGAGGAGCGAAUGAUGCUUUUGGGAGCGAGUAUGCAACUUUGUGUAGUGGGUAACGUGUCCGGAGGGAGAGGGCGGAGAUGUUUGUGUAGAAACUAGCCAGCGAGCACAGCGGUUAUGUCGAGCAGACUAAGAUGUAGUGUACAAGAAGUAGGAAAUGUUUGUAAGAUAAAUGAUAAUCACAAAGCGAAAUAGGCUUAACAUCCAUGUCGUCUCAGGUUUCUUACCUUCAAACACAGAACAAUAUCGAAAAUAGAUGAAACAAAUAUCUAUGUACAGGUUCUGAUAGUAUUUUCUACAUUUUCAAAUUGUAACAGUUUAUACAAAUUUCCAGGUUGUUGUUACCUGGGAAGGUAACAAAGCUUAAUGAAUAACAUGCUCUUAAGUAGGCUUUUGACUGUAUGUUCCUCUUUUAGUUUUUAUAGAAGGUUGUAACAAAAUGUUUUUCAGUCACACGGGGGGGAAACUGUUGUCCGGUCAUGUGAAAAGCAUAUUUCAUUGCUUUGAUCUUUGAUUGAUACUUUGGAAAUUGAAACAAUUCUGUUGGAUUGUUGAUCGACAUGCGCCAUUCUAAGGAUGAUCUCUCCCACAAGCCGACCUCUUCCAGGUUUACACAAGUCUAUUAUAAAAGGGAAAAAAAAUGUGCCUUUUUUGCUUCAAACAUCAUCGUAGCCAUUUCUGUGUACCUGUCCAAGGGGUGCGUUUUCUUUGACCCAUCAUGGUCUACCUUCAUCGUACGUUGAUUGUACUUUUUAUGUUACAUGCAGUUUUCCUUUUUUUUUUUUAAUGGCUGUGUUUAUCUUUAGAAGUGGCAGCUCGGUCCAUCCUCCGUGUGUAGAAAUUAUCCUUAUUGUUAAAGAAUAUUCAAAGCCUGCAUCAUUUCACGCGAUCUCACGCACACACUCAACUCCUCAAGUGCGAUUUGAGCACUUUGUACCCUGCUAAAGGCUUUAAGACUGUGAAGACAGACUGUUAUGCAGUACCAGUCUUUAGUACGUAUAUGACUUUAGGUGGAACAUAGAGAACUUUUUCUAGUAGGAAAUAUCCCGCUUUAUUGUUUAUUUUUUGCCCCCCACUCCUGCUCCAAUAGUCUAAUAAUGGAAUGUGAUAGUUACUGUACCUGCGUCUACCAAUCAUAGAAGAGAGGGCAUAUUUUAUUGGGUUUGCAAGAUUAUGUCAUUUUUAAAUCAUCAGGAAAACUAAUUUCUGUGGUUCUGACAUGGCUAAGACUGGUUGGAAAAAACCGUCCUUCAGUUUUUUAAGCUCUUUUUACAGUCUGUUUUGUAAAACUGACAAACAUGCAGUCAUGAUGCUGCCACUGCUGAUCCUUGUACGACAGUGUAUCCAUGCUCUCAAUUAACGUCUGAUUUGGAUAAUUAGUUAUUGGAAGCCUUGCAUAGUUGCUUUGCUGUAUUUCUUAUAUAAAUAGUUUAACAUUUUAGAAAUUAAUGUCAUUCGCUUUCUUGCCAAGUGAUUUGAAGAUUGAUAUUACUCAUGUCUUCACAGUAAAUAUGAAGCUGGAGUCCACAGCCAGUUAGCUUUAGCUUAUCUUAAAAACUGGAAACUGGUGCAGAGCUCUACCCUGGCUAACAAUCUGGGCUUUUGAGGUGCUGUUAAAUUUUGUGACCUUCAGGUUGAGCCAGGUUAACUGUUUUCAGCCCUUAUGAUAAGCUAAGGUAUCUGGUUCCUGGCCGUAGCUUCAUUUUUACCCGACAGACGUGAGGGCGGUGUCAGCUUUCACAUCUAACACGACAAGAAAGUGAAUAAGCGAAUUUCCCAAAAUGUCCAACUAACUAUUCCUUUAAAGUGAACAGUGUGUGUGAUAGACAGCUUGUGUAUACAGCACUUUGGAUCAGAUGUUGGCAGAUUCAUCACCCAGUAAACCUCCCACAGCUGCUGAUAAUCUCUCACCUCUCCUGUUUAACCCUUUCUGCUCCUGUAACACCCUGUAGGCACUUUGUCUUAAUGUCAUUGUAUCUUUAGUAUAUUUGAACAUUUGUGUGUCUGUUAGGUAGUCAAUCCCCCAAAUGUUAGAAAGCACUGAGCAUCAGUCACCUCAUCGAGUCAAGUCACAGUCAGAGUGCAGCGUCACUGACUGGGGAGGCAGGCAAAAUUGAUCCUUUAUUCUCUGGGAACUCUUUCAGUGCCAAACUCCUGUUUUGUCUGUUGUCAGUGAUGCUGAAAGUGGGUCAGUGUUUGUACAACCCCGAUUCCAAAAAAGUUGGGACGCUGUGUAAAACAUAAAUGAAACAGAAUGGGGAUAAUUUGCGAAUCCUUUUUGAUGUAUGCUCAACUGAAAACAGUACAACCAGUUCUACAGGUCAACAGGUUGAUUGGUAACAGGUGAUAGUAUCAUGAUUGGGUAUGAAAGGAGCAUCCUGGAAAGGCUCAGUCGGUCACAAGCAUAAAGCAUGGACUCAGAAACACUUUGUAAAACUGUUGUCAGCAAACACAGAUGGUUUGCAAACGAUUCAUUCUGUGAGUCCCAACUUCUUUGGAAUCAGGGUUCUAUAAGAAGAGGAAACAAUUCCCAGUAUUGAAGCUUCUAAAUUUGUCCUGACUUAUCUGAGCUUUAGUCCACUGGAUUGAAGUCAUUAUUAAUGAAACACGAGGCACUUACAGUUGUGUAAUCACAUAGAAUAAUGUAGUUCUGUCAGUAUCCCUUUGUUGUGUGUUGUCUAAGUGGAAGUUUGAAAUGUGCUGCAACAUUUUCAUCAGUUCAUCAGCACAAAAUAAUCCAGGGUUUGACACGAAUGUGAACUUUACAGAGGAAUUAAUUUUGUUUCAAAGAAAUGCUCUUGACAGUUUAAAGGUGAUGCCCUGCCAGUUUAAAAUUGGAUAAAUAUGUCAAGUGUGUGACUACAAAUUGCUCACUGAUGCACUUAAAAACGGAAAAUUCUACCAUUCUACCGUUGGUCUGUUGCUCAGCUGUCCCAACAACAAACAUAAAAGCACUCAUCGUAAAUGUCGAACCGCUCCCAUGCUCAGGUUGUUGAAAUUUGAUGUCUGAUUCACACAGCAUGUAACUGUCCGUGUAUGAGCCUUUAUGUCCUGACUUCAAGAACCAAAAACAUUGCCUGAAAUGUGUGUGCUUCUGUGAUUUAUGGUGUGUGUGUUUUGUCAGGUUCAAGUUGUCAAAUUCACGUCACAGAUAAGGAUUGAGUUUCAGGAAUGUGCUGCCACGGUCGUCACUCACACCCACGCUCGGAAAUAAUCAUCAUCAGUCAUUUUUCUUUUUCAACUUUAUUCAAAAUAGUUGAAAACCAUCUUUAUUAACCGCAAAGGGGUUCCCCAUGGGUUACUUUCACAUUCAGUGUAUCCAAAUCUCUGCUGCUGCUGUUCAUUUAAACAGGUAAAUAUAUAUAACUAUAUACACAUAUAUUUAUAUAUAUAUAUAUAUAUAUGAAAUUGCACACUUGCCUUUUCUUGCUCAAAAAUGUAUCUUUGCUUACCUAUUUGUACAUUUUUGAGGAGGACAACUGAAUAUGCAAUAGAUCCAACAGAUAAUCUAUCACCAUCGCAUAACAAGAUGUGGUUGGUCCCUCUUCUGUUCCCAGUAUAAGCUAUUUUCAUACAGGAGAUUCACAUUUAAUUUUAACUCUGCGGGCCAGAUUUUCAGGAAACAGAUACACUUAGUGAUCAGUCUACCGCGACUGCACACAAAAGCCUAUUUGAUGUUAAACUACACGGUGACCAAAGCAAACACAAAUUCAUCACGUGUCGAUGUAAACUAGAAGACAAGAUGCACAGUUUUUCGUUUUUUUAAAACACUUUUUUUUUUUUUUUUUACUCAACACACACUCAACGCUUUGGUCAAAUUGUGUAAUACUGUGAAUAGGAUAGGAGUCAGUCUUUUUCACACACAAACUGUUUGUGAAAGUAAUCAACCAGCUUGAAUCUAAAAAGAUUUGCACUACCCAAAUAUUGUUUGAAAAUCUAUUUUGUAUAAAACAUAUGCAGACAUUAACUUUUGAGAAUUAUCAAGGGCGGAUCAUGUUUCACUGGUGUAUGCUUUCUCUAGAAAAAACCCAUUUGUUUUGCUUACAAUUUGUUGAUGUACAUAUAAUCCAUUGUAAAGAAAUGUGGUGUAUUUGUCUCCAAAUAAUAGUUUUUCUAUACGUACCCUCUGUAUUAUUUCUCUCUGUAGUGUGGCUCCGGUUGAUCUUUUCCUCCAUUGAUUAAAGGUCAAACUGUAUGUCUUUGUGUGGUACUUCUCGAAAUACAAGGAACUGUACGCUGAGGCUUGCCACGAUAUGAACUGGGUGGUUCUGAACAGUGGAACCAGUAAGCUCGUUGUAACACACUUUCCGUAAUCACACCCAGCACUUGUUCAUCAAAUAAAUGCGCUUUUCCAUUCUGA